CCUCGCGCUUUUCUCUCUUGGAGAGGGGAGAAGGGGGCUACAUCCUGCCAAGUCUGUAUGGUUGGGCCGCCGGCGCCCGAGAGUCCGCGCUGGGGGCCGGGAGCGACUGGAGAGCCCCGAGAUGGAGAAAUUGCAGGGGAGAAUCUCAGAAUAACUAAAAUAAUUGAAGAUGUAAUCAAGGAACAAAAGUACGUUUGAAUAGAGACCAACUAAAGAUGGCUGGGACUGGUUCAGUCUACAUAUAAUUGAGAGAUCAAGUUGGAAUUUUUAACUUUUCACCAAAGAUUCUUUAGUUUUACAGAAAAUAUACCACAGAAAUCAUGCCACCCUCAAAGCCUCAUCCACCUGUCGUGGGCAAAGUGACUCAUCACAGCAUUGAAUUAUACUGGGAUCUGGAAAAGAAAGCCAAACGCCAAGGACCUCAAGAGCAGUGGUUCAGGUUCUCGAUUGAAGAAGAAGACCCCAAAAUGCACACUUAUGGUAUCAUUUAUACGGGAUAUGCAACGAAGCAUGUUGUUGAAGGUCUGGAACCAAGGACGCUGUACAGAUUUCGCCUGAAGGUCACCAGCCCCUCUGGGGAGUGUGAGUACAGCCCACUCGUCUCAGUGUCUACAACCAGAGAGCCCAUAAGUAGUGAGCACUUGCACCGGGCUGUCAGUGUGAAUGAUGAAGAUUUGCUGGUCCGAAUACUUCAAGGAGGCCAUGUUAAGGUUGAUGUUCCCAAUAAGUUUGGCUUUACUGCUCUGAUGGUUGCUGCCCAGAAAGGAUACACCAGGCUUGUGAAAAUCCUAGUUUCUAAUGGCACAGACGUGAAUCUGAAGAAUGGAAGUGGCAAGGACAGUCUAAUGCUGGCGUGCUAUGCGGGACACCUAGAUGUUGUGAAAUAUCUCCGAAGACAUGGCGCUUCUUGGCAGGCUAGAGACCUGGGAGGCUGUACAGCUCUGCACUGGGCUGCAGAUGGAGGCCACUGCAGUGUGAUUGAGUGGAUGAUAAAGGAUGGCUGUGAGGUAGACGUCGUGGACACUGGUUCAGGAUGGACCCCACUCAUGAGAGUCUCUGCGGUGUCGGGAAAUCAGAGGGUGGCCUCUCUUCUAAUUGAUGCUGGGGCCAAUGUGAAUGUGAAGGACAGAAAUGGAAAGACACCCCUUAUGGGAGCUCUAAGAGACUUUGGGCAGUUUCAGACACGUGAGCUCACAAACAGCUCAACAGCAGCCUGGGAGGAGAGUUGGACGAGGUUGGACUGGGGAGUACAGAAGGAUAAAAACAAAGAGAGGAAGAGGGAGAGAGAGAGGACGAGAAAGAGACCAACCUCAACAGGGAUUGAAGACGCUGCAAAGGUACCGGCGAAGCAAAGGGGAAGCUUGAUACGUGAAUACCAGAUAAAGGGCUAUCGUUAUGAUAGGAAGUCAAGCAAAGGCAUGGAAACAGUGUGUAAUCAAGUAUAAAAGCAUUCUGGAAGU